UCCCCAUCCCGCCACCAUGGCCGCCUACAAACUGGUGCUCAUCUGGCAUGGCGAGAGCGCAUGGAACCUGGAGAACCGCUUCAGCGGCUGAUACCACGCCGACCUGAGCCCGGCGGGCCCCGAGGAGGCGAAGCGCAGCGGUCAGGCUCUGCCAGAUGCUAGCUAUGAGUUUGACAUCUGCUUCACCUCAGUGCAGAAGAGAGCGAUCCGGACCCUCUGGACAGUGCUAGAUGCCAUUGAUCAGAUCUGGCUGCCAGUGGUGAGGACUUGGCGCCUCAAUGAGUGGCACUAUGGGGGUCUAACCAGUCUCAAUAAAGCAGAAACUGCUGUAAAGCAUGGUGAGGCCCAGGUGAAGAUCUGGAGGCGGUCCUAUGAUGUCCCACCACCUCCCAUGGAGCCCGACCACCCUUUCUACAGCAACAUCAGUAAGGAUUGCAGGUAUGCAGACCUCACAGAAGAUCAGCUACCCUCCUGCAAGAGUCUGAAGGACACUAUUGCCAGAGCUCUGCCCUUCUGGAAUGAAGAAAUAGUUCCCCAGAUCAAGGAGGGGAAAUGUGUACUGAUUGCAGCCCAUGGCAACAGCCUCCUGGGCAUUGUCAAGCAUCUGGAGGGUCUCUCUAAAGAGGCUAUCAUGGAGCUGAACCUGCUGACUGGUAUUCCCAUUGUCUAUGAAGUGGACAAGAACUUGAAGCCUAUCAAGCCCAUGCAGUUCCUGGGGGAUAAAGGGACGGUGGGCAAAGCUAUGGAAACUGUGGCUGCCCAGGGGAAGGCCAAGAAGUGAAGGCCAGCGGGGAGGAUACUCUCCCUAGGAGCACCCUUCCUGCCCAUCUUGUCCCUCUGCCCCUCCCACCUGCACACGUCACACUGACCACAUCUGUAGACAUCUUGCGUUGUAGCUGCAGAUGGGGACCAGUGGCUCCCAUUUGCAUUUUAGCCUUUUUGUCUCCUGCACCCACUCCCUUCAUACAAUCUA